ACCUAACCUACCUACCUACCUAGGUACCUAAUCUUGGUUCAAAAGUUGAAAAGGUAAAUCAUUCAUCUUCUUUGCUCAUAACGUCCUGUCACGAAACUCACUGAUUAACAGAGAUGAUAGUUGGUCACAAUUUAUUGAUCCGUGUGUUGUUGACCUAGUUUCCCCGUUAUCUCCAGGGGUAACCGUUGAGCUGGAGACUACAUACAGAGAGAAAGAGAUGGAACAACGUGGCAGUUAAUAACUCGACAAUCACUUAGGUUAGACAACUAAUAACUACCAACCUCAAUAUUGCGGAAUGGAUAAACCUAUCUGGUCAAUUGAUGUUUCCUUUUCAUAUAUUUAUUUUCAACGUCUUUAAAACGUUACUUCAUUUUAUACAUCACCCUUUGGUUCCAUCAAAUUGACACGGACGCGACUCCUCCUAACUAAUGUUGGGCCACUUGACUUUGAACUAUGGAUUCAGAUGAGCAAACAUCUUAUGAUGGGGUCCCAUCGAACUCCGAAAGAAAAAUGGACGAAGGAGAUACCCAGAGUAUUAGCGUUUCCUCCGGUAUCAAGUCGAUAUCCAUCUCUAGCUCCCACGACUCUUCAGGUGAUAUAGAUGGUGUCGAGGAGCAUCGUAACAUGAUGCUUGCCAGUCUACUCGAAGAUUACAUCCGUACCCGUGCUGCCGAGUAUCUCAAUGCUACUAAUCCAGGACAUAACUAUACGAGACAGUCUCCAGAGGUUCAGCCUCUCGCUCGGCAACUGUUUGCGGAUGCAAGCCGAACACUAUCAUCGAAUGGAGUGAUAUCCGACUUAGCGACAUCUGAUGCCGUGAGAAAUUCCCGUCGCCAAUACCUGUCAGCCUUAGAUAAUCUAGUUGCUGGCUCUCAAGUACCGACUUCUCACCUCCCUAACGCGAUGCGAGACUUGGUCCUUGGGACGUCCCAGCUUAGCCUUAUGCCGCAUCCAUCUAAUGAUUUAAAACUGACUCUCCAGCUACCCCCAGUACGAAGUCAUUAUCAAUCUUCCUUCCAAGAAGGCGCUCUUUUGGGGAAAGGUGGCUUCGGAAAGGUGUAUAAGUGUUUCAACCCCUUGGAUCGAGGAACGUAUGCUGUAAAGAAGAUCCAGCUAUCCCCGAAACUGGGAAAAAGGUUUCGUGAUGGGAAACUUGAAGAACUUCAGCAUAUCCUACGCGAGGUACAAGCUUUAGCCACGCUAGAUCACCCUAACAUCGUGCGAUAUCAUGCUACCUGGCUUGAGGAGCCUCACCAACCACAGCCAACAGAAAUCACACAUGAUCCUACCACGAGAACCAACGUAGGCCAAAGGCAACAGUUACUAUUAGACCAUCAGCCAUUCUGUCAAGAUGAUAGGGACGGGGCAGAACAAUCGCUAAGUGGUGGGGUUGUUUUUGCAGAAGACACUCCAUCUUGCCGUGACAGCAAGGCCAACGACCAAUUGGCCAACGACCUACAAUGGUUCGAACAACGCACCUCUAGUAAUCCUGCUAUUGAGAGUCUUUCCCUGUCAAAUACUAGCGAUAUAUUUACAGACGGGAAAAGUAAGCUAUCAAACUCAAAUGAAAAGAGGGAGGCGUUUGGCGCAGUCGGACACAUCUUAUACAUACAAAUGUCGCUAUACCCAUUAACGCUAGCUCAGUAUAUAUCUCUUUCUUCUGGCGGAAAUGAUGCCGUAAGACAUUGCUUUCAUCUUGCUCCUAGUCUUAGGCUCCUUCAUGCCAUACACGCCGGGCUACAGUACAUUCACGCCAAAGGCUUCAUACACCGGGACAUUAAGCCGGGCAACAUCUUCCUUUCAUUACCUGAUACUGAGCCACGAGGCGGAUACUGUAGCCUAGCAUGCAAUUCAUGUCAAGUGAAGGCUGAAAUAUUAUCUCCACAAUGGCUUAAUCCGCGUAUUGGCGAUUUCGGGCUAGUGACUCAGCUCGCGCGCGGGGAGUUACCCCUAUCAUAUGCAAGCGACGACGGCUCGACAACGUCAGAUCGUCCUGUGGGUACGACCUACUACCGACCACCACCGUCUAAAAAUGCCGACAAUGAGAAAGUCGACAUCUUCGCUCUGGGUGUUGUGUUCAUCGAGAUGAUAUGCCCUUGUACCACAGCUAUGGAACGAGUUGAUAUGCUCAAGGGACUGCAGAAGGGCUAUGUACCAAAGAGUCUUAGACAAGGGCUAAAAGACGAGGGAUACCCCCCCGAAGUUAUCGACGAGGUGAUUUUGCUAGCGGAGGCAAUGGUUUGCCCUGAUUCUGAGGCCAGAUGGUCUAGCCAGCAAGUGGACGAGGCGAUUGAAAGGGUUAUACGCAGAUGCGAAAGCUCAUAUAUGUGAUUCCUUCAAACCAAAUAUCGCCAGCAGUUUGUAUACAAGAGGUACCCACACAGACGGGUCGAGGCCAUGAUAUUUUGCCUUAUUAUCAUGGUUGGGCCCAGAGUCUUCGUUACCCUUGUGAUGUACGAUCCAUCUUAUAAGGUAGAUAGUAGGGGCGCGAUUAUGUUCAUCUAAAUAUCAUUUAUUUUUUAAUCACUGCUUAUAAUAAAAAGACUUAGC